ACGGCAUUAAAGCCGCAUGAUCUUCACAUCGACUACGUCAACUCAAGAUGUCACGCGCCCGUGCUGCUGCACCGUCGUCUCCGAAAAGAGAGAAGCCCGCAGGCCGCCCGCCAGCUUUGAGGGUUGCCGUCGUGAGCGGGUGCGCGCGCCGGGAAGGCAUUGGUUGGGCGGUGUGUCGUGCGCUUCUUCGGUCCGGAGAGUACAGCGUGAUUGGUAUAGACGAACAGGAGCUAAACUUCAUUCCGGAUCAGACGGAGUUGCAGGCUGAUGCUGCGUAUUUCGUUUUUGUCAAGUGCAACAUCGCGGACGCCGUCGGAUUGUCGCGGAGCUUACGGUCGGCGAUGUGCCUUUUGGAUCCGAGCUACGAACCCAAAGCUGGAAAAUCGUCGUCGUCAGGCACUCUCUCCUCACCGUCAGCGCACGUUUGCGUUGUGGUUCAUUGCGCGGGCUUCGCCAAGCCCACCAUGCAGGAGGGAUUGGAACAGUGCAUGAAAGUGGAGGCAGAAUCGCAAGCAAGGCAAAGACAAGACGACCAAAAGCGUCAACGAGAAGGAGCUUCGGCAGCGGAUGAAGAGCAGCUGCCCAUACUGCAAAGACUGAAAGCCUUCGAUCUUUUCCUCGAAGGGCACCUGCGCGGCGGUUUCAUCCUCACCGAAGUGUGCAAAGAUUUCUUUCCGCCACUUCAGAUCAGCAACGCCACUGGUCUCCCUGCAAGUGCUGGCGAGAUGCACCCGCACCGGGAUUUUUCAAGCGACGAGUCAAUCGACGACGUUGGUGAGAAAUUGCGGCGCGCACAGAAAGCCCAGCAACCGCGAGCGUCUGCCGCGAGGAAGGAAGAUGGAGCGGAAGGGAACAAGCAUGUGAAACAACUUCCACAUGCAGCUAGUACAACCAGGGAGACGGAAGUAGAUGUCAGCCAAGAUGUUUCAAUUAUCUACGUCAGCAGCACUCGCGCAACGCAGUCCGAGCCGGACACAGAGGGCUACGCCGCCGCGAAGGGCGGUCUUCUAGCGUUGACGCACGCCCAGGCGGCCUCUUUUGGCGAGAACGCGAACCAUCCGCGGGGCAAUCGGUUCGUGCGGGUGAAUUGCAUCAGCCCUGGUUGGAUCGACACUGGCGGCACCGAAAAGGCAGACGAGGGUGAUUGCGUUUGGCAUUCCGUAAGUCGCAUCGGGCGGCCGGACGACGUCGCCAACGCGGUUGUCUUCCUCGCGGAUGCUAACAAAAGCGGCUUUAUGACGGGCCAGGAACUUGUGCUCGAUGGCGGCGUGUGCAAGAGAAUGCGAUACUAGUGUGAUGCAGUAAAAAGUACGCGGCGGUGCUAGAGGCCCGCACGUCUAGUUGCUUGACUCAUGAUUUGUGAGAUCCACGUAUCCACACGGUAUCGUGCCGUUGUGCAGCUCUUACGUGAUGACCGGAUAAAGUGAGUGGGUCUUUUGUUCCUCCCGCCUCGUGAUGCGACCUGUCAUGAUUGAUAAAUAUGAAGCUGGG